AUGUCGGAACUUUCUGCAGUUGAUAUAGCUGGAACCACCUUGAAAUACACAUCUCACGCAGGUUUUGAGCGUUCGAUUGAGUUCCACGACAUUCUUUGCGUGUUGUCCAAUCAUGCACCUACAUAUAGUGUGCUGUACUUCCAGAAGACUGAACUGGAUGACUCUGAGAACUUCGCUUUAAAAAAGAUUGAUAUAAAAACUCUCCCUAAAGCGCUAUUGCCAUUUGCGGUCGAGAUUCCCAGCCAUCUUCGACAUGAUGAACCACCUAUCGUCCAAGUUGUGGUAUCUACUGGAUCAGGAACGGGGAAAGCCAAGACAGUCUUUCAAGAUGUCGUACGACCUCUUCUUACAUAUAUUGAGCUAGAAAAUUACGAGCUCUACGAAACGCAAUCGGCGCAAACCAUCGUGGAGCUCGCACAAUCUAAAUUCCUGGAGCGGGCUCAUAAUGGCGUCCCUCAGACCAUCAUCCUUCUUUCUGGCGACGGGGGCCUCAUCGACAUUCUUGAGACAUUCUACAAAUCCAAGAAGACAAUUAAUGUGUCUCCCAAUAUCGUGUUGAUUCCUUGUGGGACUGGGAAUGCCCUGGCCAGUUCUAUUGGAUUACGAUCUGGUCCCGUGUCCGGUCUUUCAACACUGCUUCGAGGCAGCCCAUCCUCCAUACCAGUCUUUGCUGCCAAAUUCUCACCUGGCAGUCAGUUGGUCCUCGACGAAGGUCGUGAACGAGCCGAUAUCGACACUAAUGCUCAUCAUACAUUAUACGGGGCUGUUGUUGCGAGCUGGGGGCUCCAUGCUGCGUUGGUUGCAGACAGCGAUACAUUUGAAUAUCGCAAGUUUGGAAGCGAUCGUUUCAAGAUGGCUGCAAAUGAGCUACUAUAUCCAUCGGAUGGCAGUCCGCCUCAUCAAUUCAAAGGCAAAAUCACAUUAACUACCUCGAAUGGCCCGAAUGAGGCACGUUGCCAAGAAGCAGUGGGUGGGCUUGAGCAUAUGUAUGCGCUUGCUACGCUCGUUCCACGACUUGAGAAGGACUUCUUGAUUUCUCCAGACUCUGUGGCCCUGGAUGGAAAUAUGAAGUUCAUCCGGUUCGGUCCCAUGUCGGCGGAAGAUGCGAUGCAUUUGAUGACUCUGGCCUACCAGGGCGGCCGACAUGUGAUAGAAGAUACAGUCACCUAUGUCGACACCGAACAAGUCCGUAUCGAUUUUCAAGAAGAUGAAGAGAAAUGGCGGCGCGUUUGUAUUGAUGGAAAGAUCGUUGCUGUCGAGAGAGAUGGUUGGGUGGAAAUUCGUAAAGAAUCUAGGCGUUUGUUGAACUUGAUCAACUAG